AUACAUUGGCAAUCUUUAUUGGUUUACACAAAAAUUUGUCUGUUAAGUUCGUUGGGUUUUUUCCUUAUGUGGUGCUAUAAUUAGAAAAGUGAUUAAAAUACAUGUGAUUGAAUCUGCCACCACUGAUAACGACUGAUAAGAACCACGCCUUGGAAUAGAUACAGCAUAACAUUAUAACCAGAUAUGAAAGAACCCGAAGCUGAUGCGGAAUAUGAUGCUGACGCGGGAACUACAUUCGUUGAUUCUAAAGGGAGAUCGGGAUCAUCACAAACGAGGACUCGAAAACGUGCACUUAUUAUUGGUGCGCUGGUAGCUAUUUUAAUCGCGGUCAUCGUUGCCGUUGUUGUUGUUGUUGUUCUUGUUACUCAAAAGAAAAAAGAUGACGGAGACAAUUCCAAUUACAGCAAAGACAAUUCCAAUCACAGCAAAUACAGCAAAGAAUGCGGACCUUUCAAGUUGCCUGGCAAGAUCAAUUUUUCAGACUUAGCUCCGACCAGAACUAACAACAGUUUCACAUGUCCUUUUGGUGGUGACUGCUGGUCAGGAGAAAAGUGUAUUGAGUGUUUUAAACUUGAUAGCUGGAAAGUGGGACACAUCAACAAUAUACCAGUGUGCUGUCCAGAUUGUUUAGUUCGAGGAGUGAGUGUUUUGAACAACGAGUGUAAUUGCAUGUACAAUGGACGUUAAAGGGAGAACGGGACGUUAAAACAUGCAAAUUUUCUUUAAAACAAGCAUGUGUCAAUCCAAUUUGAAAACAAACAAAAAAUGAUAAUGAAGAUUCUACAAAGUACUUGAAGAAAAUGGCUUGACAGUGUGUAAUAUUGAUAUCUAAAUUUUGUUACCAAUUCUAAGAUAAUGGAUACAUUCAUUUAAAGGCACAUUAUGCCUCAGAAACAUUUUUAUGUGCCCCCACUUUAGUGGCGGGCAUUUAGAUUUACCCUUGUCCGUCCGUCCGUAACUCAAAAAGUAUUUGACCUAUAGUCAUGAAACUUUACAGGAAUGUUGAUCAGCAUGUGCAGUUGUGCACCUGGGUAUUUUCGUGUGGAUUUAUUCAGUAUUUUUAGAGUUAUUGCCCAUGAUUAUUAAAAAUUUGCAAUUUUCAACUUGUGUCGCAUGUUACUCAAAAAGUAUUUGACCUAGAGUCAUGAAACUUUACAGGAAUGUUGAUCAGCAUGUGAUGUUGUGCACCUGUGUGUUUUCGUGUGUAUUUUUUUUAGUAUUUAAAGAGUUAUUGCCCUUGACUUCGUAAAAUUUUGCAAUUUUCAACUUGUCUCGCAUGUAACUCAAACAUGAUUUUGACCUAGAGUCAUGAAACUUCUCAGAAAUGUUGAUCAGCAUGUGUAGUUGUGCACCGGUGUAUUUUCGUGUGGAUUUUUUAGUAUUUUUAGAGUCAUUGCCCUUGACUUAGUAAAAUUUUGCAAUUUUCAACUUGUGUCGCAUGUCACUCAAAAAGAAUUUGACCUAGAGUCAUGAAACUUCUCAGGAAUGUUGAUCAGUAUGUGUUGUUGUGCACCUGGGUGUUUUCGUCUGGAUUUAUUUAGUAUUUUUAGAGUUAUUGCCCUUGGCUUAGUAAAAUUUUGCAAUUUUCAACUUGUGUGUAUGUAACUCAAAACGGAUUUGACUUAGAGUCAUGAAACUUCUCAGGAAUGUUGAUCAGCAUGUGUAGUUGUGCACCUGGGUAUUCUCGUGUGGAUUUAUUUAGUAUUUUUAGAGUUAUUGCCCUUGACUUAGUAAAAUUUUGCAAUUUUCAACUUGUGUCGCAUGUUACUCAAAAGGAUUUGACAAAGAGUCAUGAAACUUCUCAGGAAUGUUGAUCAGCAUGUGCAGUUGUGGACCUGGGUAUUUUUGUGUGGACUUAUUUAGUAUUUUUAGAGUUAUUGCCCUUGACUUAGAAUUUUUUUGCAAUUUUCAACUUGUGUCGCAUGUAACUCAAAAAGGAUUUGAUAUAGAGUCAUUAAACCUUACAGGAAGGUUGCUCAGCAUAUGUAGUUGUGCACCUGGGGUUUCGCUUGUGGAUUUAUCCAGUAUUUGAAGAGUUAUUUCCCUUUACUUAGUAAAAACCUUUUCAUUAUGUUGUUAUUUGUUCCUUGAGUGCUUGAGUUAGAAUCAACCAACUUUACAGGAAUAAUGAUCAACAUCACUAAAUUACAGGAUUAAUGAUUCACAUCACUGUGAAGCUAUGCACCUGGGACUUUGCAUGUGGAUUUUUUUUUUUCAGUUUUGUUAGAGUUAUUGCCCUUUACUUACAGUAGUAUAAAUUUGCAAUUUUCAACUUGUUCAUGCAUAGCUCAAAAAGUAUUUCACUUGUAGGCUUGAAAGUUCACAAGAAUGUUGGUCAGCAUGUGUACUUAUGCACCUUGGGGUUUGCUUGUGGAUUUAUUCAUUAUUUGUAAAGUUCUUGCUCUUUACUUAGUAAAAGAUUUUUAGUUUUCAAAAAAUAUUUGAACUAGAGUCAUAAGAUUGACAGAACAGUGGCGUGGUAGGGGAACCCGUGUCCCAUGGACACAUUUCUAGUUUACUUCUUUAGAAAGGCCUUUACAUGAAUUUUAUCUAUGUUUGAAUUUUGGUAUUAAAUAAUGUUAGAUGCUCUCUAACUGAAAGUAAGUAGUGUAGUGAUAAAUAUGAAAU